AGUUUGGUCCGUAUCGCCUGAUGGCUGCAUCAUCAUCUUCGUCUGGAGUUCGGAGCUCCUUGAUCAAAAAGUUGGACAACUUCGAGGCCCAGCUCUCGAGUUUAGAAGACCAUCUGAAACCAUUGAUGGACACCGACUACGAGGAACUGAUGUCGAAGAUGACACCAUUGGAGCAGAGCGAGCUUAACGUUUCGCUGGCCUUUACCACGGCCUCGUUGUACUGGAUGUUCCUCAAAACCCAAGGCACUGAUGUGAAGACACAUAAGAUCAAGGAUGAGAUUGACCGGGUCAAGUCUUACAUGGCACGAAUCAAGAAGGCCUCGGAACAGGAGGAUGCGAAGACUCGCAAACGCGAUGUAGUCUUGAACAAGGACGCUGCUGCCCGCAUUGUGAAGGCUCACACGACAGAGACAACAGUGCAAAGCAGUAGCAAGCGCAAGGCUGAAGAGGCCAAGCAAGAGAAGGAUGAGGAGGAACCCAAGACAACCUCGGGCAAGCAGGCAAAGAGGUGUAAGAAGAGCGCGUGAGUACAAUGAUGCUGGUUCCCUACGUCUACUAGAUCGAGGAAUCGCCCGUUACUCUGGAUUGGCGUUUUCGAUCC